AUGGAGAGUUCGAACUUUAGCGACUUGGUAGAUCCUUAUCCAAGUUAUUCGUCGGAUGAUGAAGAUGAAGAAGAACUGGAGGAAAUACGGAGGGAGAAAUAUGAGAAGGAAUGGAUGGCUUUAUGCCAAAUAGCAGGAGCUCACAAGCCAUGUAACGGUCGAUAUCUCCCUUUCUUUAGAGAUUGUAUUAGAGCACUUGAUGGCACACAUGUUAAAGCAAGAUUACCGCAAGGUCAAGAGAUACCAUAUAUUGGACAUAAAGGUUAUUCGACUCAAAAUAUUCUUGCUGUUGUAGAUUUUAAUAUAUGUUUUACAUUUGCAUGGGCUGGGUGGGAAGGAGCAGCUCACAAUAGUCGUAUAUUUGGUGAGGCCCUUCAUAGACCAGAACUCAACUUUUCAGGUCCAAUUGGAAAUAAGUAUUAUCUAGUUGAAGCAGGAUAUCCACACAUGAAGGGAUACAUGGCUCCAUACAAAGGAGAUAAUGUGAGAUACCACCUAGCACAAUUUCUCCGUGGUGCAACAAGAGAAUUGCGAGAACCAAAAGGACGAAUUGAAAAAUUUAACUAUUUGCACUCUUGUUAUAGAAAUAUUGUAGAGCGCACAUUUGGGGUUUGGAAAGCAAGAUGGUCUAUUUUGCGAGACAUGCCCUCCUAUCAUAUUGACACUCAAAGAGACAUCGUACUUGCUACUAUGGCCAUUCAUAACUAUAUUAGAAAUAAAUGCAAUAUGGAUGAUGCAUUCCAAGCAGCUGAGAAUGAGAGAUAUGUUCCAUCUGUUGAUCCUGAUGUUGGUACAUCUUCGAGAACUAAUAACAAUAUAAAUGCGGAAAAUGUGGAAGAGCAAAGUGAUCUCGUUUGGAUGGGUCUUCGUGAUUUGAUUGCUAAUGAAAUUUGUGAAGCUUGA